CUGUGCGACCGAGAAAGGGCUCAGAAAGCAGGUGGGGAGCAAACAAGAGAGAGACAGUUUAUGCAGACGGACCACAGGCGCGUGCCCCUCCUGCCUGGGCCUCCAGCGGGGCCACCCCCAGGCAGAGGAAGGAGACAGAGGUCCCGCAGCUAUCACAGACCUUGGGGCCAGCUCCCCAUCAGCUUUUCAACAACUAAACAAAACAGCCGUGUUCAACCACCCGAGCAGCAGGUGCUGGGCCCGCCCCACAGCUGCCUCACACCCAGUGCCUGAGCUCCCAGCCACGGCGGCCGAUCAACCGCACGUCCUAUGGCCACGUGCGCAUCCCUCAUUACCGGGCCGUCUCUUUUCCACACGCAAAUCGUUAGAUUCCAGACCAGGAGGGUCGUCUGUGCCAACUGUGUGAAUUAACACAGGGGCCAGGGAGCCAGGGCAGGUGCCACACGGGGCUGAGGGUGGAGUGGGAUGACAGGCUGGCCCAGGUGCCACAGCCAAGGUGCCGGCACCAGCUCCCAGCCCACCGGUUCCCAGGCCCUGGUGAGGCUCACAGAAACGCACCGUCCUGCAGACGGUCGGUCCCGAGCAUGACCACAGACAGGACGGCAGCUCGGGCAGCCACAGAGGCCCGGGCACGCCCACACUCCCUGCUGCUCCCAGAGCGGGGGCGCUUCCUUGGCACAAAUGUGUCCCAUUUGAGAUCUAAAGCGCGGUACGCACCAGGGGCUACGCACCGAGUUGCCACCCUUCACAGCUGUCUAGAAAGGGGUGCCUCCAGCUGACCUGCAAGAGGCCCUGUCCCCUCACCCUCCACAGCCCCCGCGGGCCAGGCUGCUCGCAAUGAGCAGUGUGGAGUAAGCCGGCCGUUUGCUGAAGCAGACGGCACCACCACUUAACCACCCCCGCUCCCCUAGGAGACGGCACUGAAGUAUAAGAGCACAAAGCGGCUUUGUGUGGGCGAGCGGCCUUCCAGCAGCUCAGGAAAGUGCGAGCUCUGCACACAGAGGGAGGGAGGGGCCCAUAGAACAGGGGGAAACGGUAGCAUUAGGAGACUCUGGGGACAGGGCCUAUGCAUGUUCUUUGUACUAAUUUUAUUUUUGCAACUUUUUAUAAGUUUGGAAUUAUUUCCAAAGAACAUGGAAAAAAUGUACCCAAACUGGGGAAAAAACCCAGAAACUAAAAUGACAGAACACCAAUGGCAGAGGUCGGGCUGAGGUCGAGCAGGUGAUGGAGAAGAGCAGGGAGGAUCUCAGAGGACAGAGGUUCCCAGAGCUGGGAGACAGUGACACCAACGUAAUGAAGGAGCCGAGUGGCCAGCCUGCCCCUCGCGCCGGGACCCUCCAUCAAGGCGGCUGCGAGGAGCCACAGGUGGCACGUCUCUACAAAGGUUGGUCUUUCUUGCCACAGACCCUGCGGGUGAGCCGGCCGAGGUGGAAUGCUGGGGCCUGCUUGUGAGGUCACCUGUGCUCAGAAUGCUUGUCGCCCGGACAACCCCGGAGCCCCCUGGGGCAGGCGUGUGACCGCGUGCCCGGCAACAGUCCGAGUAUGGAGAGCUUCUCACUCCUCAGCAUCUCGGGGCCCCGGGUCUCCUCCUCGGCCCUGAGCACCUUUCCUGACCUCAUGUCCCCACGGGGCCCCAGCUUGCCAGACAUUGCCAAGACCACGUUCCCCACGGAGGCACCCAGCCCAGCGCAGGCCCCGCUGCCCCAGCACCCGAGCAGCGCUCUGCGGCAAGGGGUGGUGCUCUCACCAGACUGCAUGCUGGGGGACCCCCAGAAUGGGGAGCAGCCGAGGCGGAGCUGCACCAUCUACCGGCCGUGGUUCUCCCCUUACAGCUACUUCGUGUGCGUGGACAAGGAGAGCCCCCGGGAGGCCCAUGGCUUCCCCGAGCUGCCGCGGGACGAGGGCCGGGGCGACAGCUGCCUCCUGGAGGACACGGCCGACAGCCUGUGCUCGUCCUCUUCCUCCCCCGAGAACCCCGGACCCCGCGAGGCCAAGGCCCGGCAUGGGGACUCCGACCACAUCAGCUCCCAGGACAUCCUGAGGGCCUCCCGGGGGCUCCCGGCCCAGCAGACCGGCUUCAAGUGCGCGGCCUGCUGCCGCAUGUACCCCACCCUGUGCUCCCUCAAGAGCCACAUCAAGUGCGGCUUCAGGGAGGGCUUCAGCUGCCGCGUCUUCUACCGCAAGCUCAAGGCGCUCUGGGCCCGGCCCGCAGACAGGCUGCCUUUGGGCGGCGGCCAGGCCCGCAAGUAGCCGGGCGGCUCGGUCGGCAGCAGAGCCUCAUUGCUCUCCAGGGAGAGGCCAAUAAACCCGUUAGCACAGCUCCCUGUAGUCUCCGUCACCGGCACCGCCUGGUGUCCGUCCAGUCCCAUCCAUGUUCCAUCCCCUUUGGCGACCAGUUGCCUAGCAACCCUAGGCCCACACCCCAUCUCGACACCACCGAAGGUUCGGGGAGAGCCGCUAAGAUGGCAGUUCUCAGUGAGGUGCCCACACCCGUGCUGCCAGCCCCUGGGGACUUUUCAGGGAAGGGCCUCGGUGUCUGUGAGGCUGCCUGAGGGUGAGACCCACCCCAGUGCUGCCUCCCUGCAGGUCCUCGGGAGGCCCCCGGAAGCUGACCACGCUCCUGCUGUCACCAUCGUGGUUCCCUCCUGCAAAGCUGGGCCCGCACCCCCAGUCCCAGCCCCACACCCAUGCCUGCUCCUCUGCCCACCCUCCCCCCAUCCAACCAGCGGCCUGACGUCACUUUGACCUGCAGCUCCAGCUGGGUCCUGGCCUGUCCACUCUGGGGCUGGUGGUCCCAGGCAGCCCUGACCUUGCCCUGGACCUGGUCCCCUGGGGGCAGAUGAGUGGCUCUGUGCUCACUCUGCCCUCCGGUGCCCAGGAUGGAAAAGCCCCCUGAGCCCUCGCUGCUCGCCCGUGACCCCCUCAACAG